AUGGCUAUCGCAACGGGUACCAGCCCGUUCAAGGAGGGUAACAAUAUGAGACAGGCCAUCAUGCGCGAGCAGGAGCAACGACGCCUGCAGUAUCUCCAACAAAUGCAAAUGCAGGAGCAGCAGAGGCGUCCGGGCGGGACCCAACCAGGCGCAGGACAACCGGAGGGCCCGACUGGUCAAGCGCAGACCGAGCCCGGCCCUCCGUCCGACUUCGAAUCCUCCCAACCCCCUCCCUCGGAAACGAGCAUGAAGUCCAUCUCUCCCGAGACUGAGAUGGAGUUGAAGGCCGCUAAUAUCAAGACCGCCGACUUGCAGGCGCCCCCCGCUCACUUCAAGACGGCCGACUUGCAGGCCCAGCCGGCUCAUUCCCCCGCUGGAUCGGAGCCGUGUGCACCUGGGGCUUCUUCCUCUUGGGGUCAUCCGGUAUGGUGGGGUUGGUCUGAUACCACCGGAUGUGGCCAAUAA